CACUUCAUUCAUUCUCUCUCUCUCUCAAAAAGAGAAAGUAGAGAAGAAGAAGAACAACAACAAACAUGGCUACUGCUGCUUCACUGACCCUUCUCUUCCUCAUUGCCCUCACAGCUCCAUCGCUCAUUAACUCUUCCCCAGUUCAAGACCCUGAAAAAGUAGUGGAAGAGGUUCAUAGGAGGGUCAAUGCGUCGGUGAGCAGAAGGGAAUUGGGUUACUUCUCCUGCGGAACAGGGAACCCAAUCGACGACUGUUGGCGUUGUGAUUCCAAUUGGGAGAAGAAUCGCCAACGCCUUGCCGAUUGUGCAAUUGGGUUCGGCAAGCAAGCCAUCGGUGGUCGAAACGGUCGCAUCUAUGUAGUCACCGACUCCGGCGACGACGACGCUGUCACCCCCAAGCCCGGCACCCUCCGCUAUGCAGUCAUUCAAGACGAGCCCUUGUGGAUCAUAUUCUCAAGAGACAUGGUGAUCCAGCUCAAGGAAGAACUCAUCAUGAAUUCCUUCAAAACCAUCGAUGGCAGAGGUGCUAGUGUACACAUUGCAGGUGGACCAUGCAUCACAAUCCAGUAUGUGACCAAUAUCAUCAUUCAUGGUCUCCACAUCCAUGACUGCAAGCAAGGAGGAAAUGCAGACGUGAGAGACUCACCUCGCCACUAUGGGUGGAGGACCAUAUCGGACGGUGAUGGGGUUUCCAUCUUCGGUGGUAGUCACAUAUGGGUGGACCACAACACUCUCUCCAAUUGCCAUGAUGGGCUUAUUGAUGCCAUUCAUGGUUCCACGGCCAUCACCAUCUCCAACAACUAUAUGACCCACCAUGACAAAGUUAUGCUUCUGGGUCAUAGUGAUUCUUAUACUCAGGACAAGAAUAUGCAGGUCACCAUUGCUUUCAACCACUUUGGAGAAGGCCUUGUCCAAAGGAUGCCCAGAUGCAGACAUGGGUACUUCCAUGUGGUGAACAAUGACUACACUCACUGGGAAAUGUAUGCCAUUGGAGGGAGUGCUGCGCCCACCAUUAACAGCCAAGGCAAUAGAUUUCUGGCCCCAGAUUACAGAUUCAGUAAAGAGGUGACCAAACAUGAGGAUGCACCACAAAGUGAUUGGAAGAAUUGGAAUUGGAGAUCGGAAGGAGACCUGAUGUUAAAUGGUGCCUUCUUCACGCCGUCUGGUGCUGGAGCUUCGUCAAGCUAUGCAAAAGCGUCGAGCUUGGGAGCCAGACCAUCUUCCCUGGUGGGUACCAUCACUACGGCGGCUGGUGCACUUAGUUGCAAGAAGGGAUCACGUUGCUGAAAGCUCUAGUAUUGAGCACUUGGGCUACCUAGGCAUCUCUCUACCAUUAUCACCAUUAGAGAUUAGCUGCUGCAACUCUGCUACAAAUAAUACUAUGUUGACUACUUAUUAAUUACAUAUCCCGAGGCAAAUAUACUUUAGCUAAGUGGAAGGGGUAAAUGAAGGCCUAACUCUGUUUCUUUUCCUCUUUUUUGUUUUUUUGUUUUUUUUUUUUAUAUAUAUAUUUAUUUAUGGGAUUUCCCUUAAAAUGUAACUUUGGUUCAUGAUUACAACCUCGGCCUGUUUGAUCUGAGAAUCAUUUUGGGUUUCCUUGAGAAUCCUUCUAUUGUAGAGCAAACAAGUGCAGAAGUGUUGAUAGUUAGUUUUGGACCUUUCAGUGAUUG